AUGAAAUUUGGCGCAAAAAAAGUUGCCCUCCCUGACUUGGGCGGACGGCGCAGCGAGCAGCCGGCCACCGGCAAGCCGCACCGCUACCGGCCCGGCACGGUGGCCCUGCGCGAGAUCCGCCGCUACCAGAAGUCCACCGAGCUGCUGAUCCGCAAGCUGCCGUUCCAGCGGCUGGUGCGCGAGAUCGCGCAGGACUUCAAGGCCGACCUGCGCUUCCAGAGCUCGGCCGUGAUGGCGCUGCAGGAGGCGUGCGAGGCCUACCUGGUGGGGCUCUUCGAGGACACCAACCUGUGUGCCAUCCGCGCCAAGCGCGUCACCGUCAUGCCCAAAGGACAUGCAGUUCGCCUACAGGUGAACGGAGAGCUUCAGGGCCCGAUUGUCGUGCGCCAUCCCAAGGCUGGCCGCCACGUCCAGUCUUCCUAACAGUACCUAAGUUUUGAGACACUGCCCUCGCCAGUCCCCUCCGUGUUGGCAAAUGAAUGAAAUACUGGGAUUACGCUGGUAGGUAGGACACCGUUCUGGAGCCCGAGAAAUGUUUCUCCCGUUUGGGAGGAGCCUAAAAUCGUCAGUGCCCUUGGUUGCUUCCGGGUAGUUGUUUCUGUCCCACUUUAAGUCAGUUCCCACAACUAUUGCCAUUGAAAUGUAAAGUGUAGUUAAUCGCACAGGCUGUUCCGCCUUACAGGCUUCAAGGUCCAUGUAGAGUAAGGAAAAUCCUAUAAAUAGAGGAUUGUAUGGUUUGACCAAGGAAUGCUUCUGAAUGGAGAGAUGGAGUGUGCUGUGGCUCCCGACGACCCAGGUCUCUCCGCCCAGCUGACCGGUUAGGUGUGGAAGGAGGUUGAUUGAUGUGACUUACUUUUGUUGCUGUUGUCACCAAAUAAGGAAAGUUCUGCCAAUGGUUUUGAUUGCCCAGGGCACAAUCUUGCCUCCUACUUUCUGUGCACUGGACCCCUGUCACGGAUGUCAUCUCAAAAACGGGGAGAAAAACGUUCUUCGCUUUUUUUCUUGAAUGUCACGGACGACGUUGGCUGCCUGAUGACAUUUAUGGAAAUUCUGCUUAGGAUAAUAUUUCAAGGGUAUAAAAUGCAAACAUUGCAAAAAAAUGUUUAUUCCACUUCUUAUCCAAAUUUUAAAAAGUAAUAAAUUUGGUAGGAGGGAUCAGUGUGUUUAUAUAGUUAGCACAUUCCAUAAUGCAGUCUUUUGGA